UUUGAUCGACUUAGGGAACAAGGUAUUGUCCUUCAGCAAUUCCCAGGUCCCUCAUCUAGCUUAACAGAUGAGGAAUGGACACAGAAUCAACUCUAUGAUAUCAUUGUUAACUCAUCUAGAGAGCAAAUAGCUGCAGCCAUUCUUAAAAAUCACGACAAGCAUGAGAACGAGGAUGUAGAAGCGAAAGAAAAAAAGAAGAAGAAAAACAAAAAAAUGGGAGAAGAGGGAAAAGAGGAAAUAAAUAGAGAAAGGGUGAGCAAUAAGGAAAUGGAGAUGGAUAAACAUGAUGAAGCUCGACGCGAUCCUGGGCGUCCUUUGUUAUACCGUGGACAAUCAGAGAAAUCACUAGAUGGCCAACGUGGAGUUGCAUCCUUUUCCCGACAAGUGAACUCAUUAGGAGAAAGA